ACUCCCCCAUUAGUGCACGAGUUUACCUCUAGAGGUCAUCAGGCAGGAUUUACGACUGGACAACAAAAGCACGUGAUUUGAAGUCGUACCCCAUAUUUGGGUGCCUACGUAGGAGGGAACCAAGUACAUGUCCCAGUCAUUUCCAUAAUUCAUCAUAAAUUGUGCAAGGGUGCUAUAGACGCACAAAACGACCAAGAGCCACAAAUCAAGCACACAUAUCAAAAAACAAAUGAGCUCUUAUUUUGUAAACUCAUUUUGCGGUCGCUAUCCAAAUGGCCCGGACUACCCGUUACAUAAUUAUGGAGAUCACAGUUCCGUGAGCGAGCAAUACAGGGAUUCAGCGAGCAUGCAUCCCAGCAGGUACGGCUAUGGUUACAAUGGCAUGGAUCUCAGCGUUGGGCGCUCAGCUUCCAGCCACUUUGGUACCAAUGAGAGAGCCCGCAGUUACCCCGCCAAUGCCACCUCGGCGUCCACGGAGCCCAGGUAUAACCAACCUGCCACGUCGUCUCACUCGCCUCCACCUGACCCUCUGCCCUGCACCGCCGUGGCCGCUUCGCCUGUCAGCGAGAGUCAUCACGGGGUGAAAAACUCGCUAGCUAACUCCACGAGCACAUCGUCCAAUUCCAGCAGCACUCACAUAAGCAGAGAAGGGGUUGGCACCUCGUCUGGGACUGAGGAUGACACCCCAGCGAGCAGCGAGCAGGCGAGUGCCCAGAGCGACCAAAGUCCAGCCCAGCCAGCCCAGCCACAGAUCUACCCCUGGAUGAGGAAGCUGCACAUAAGUCAUGACAACAUAGGAGGACCAGAAGGCAAAAGGGCUCGGACUGCAUACACCCGCUACCAGACCCUAGAGUUGGAAAAGGAAUUUCACUUCAAUAGAUACCUGACCCGCAGAAGAAGAAUUGAAAUAGCACAUGCUCUUUGCCUCUCGGAGAGACAAAUUAAGAUCUGGUUCCAAAACAGGAGAAUGAAAUGGAAAAAAGAUAAUAAGCUUAAAAGUAUGAGUAUGGCCGCGGCGGGAGGAGCUUUUCGCCCCUAAUAAUCCCAGAGUUUAAAAGUACUGAGCAGUAUUAGUGGAACCUGCGCUUAGUGUCAGUACUAAAGGUGACUUUCUGAAACUUCCUCGUGUUACUUCUGUGAAGAAAUACUGUCCUUGUCACCCCCCGCACCCACCUUUUAAUCAUGAGCCUGUUUAUGAGCAUUAUUACAUAGCCUGUUUAAGUGUAUAAGUAGAUCUGCUUUCUGUAUAUUUCUUUGUCCUGAAUGGCUUUGUCUUGAAAAAAAAAAUAGAUGUUUUAACUUAUUUAUAUAAAGCGAGCUGUGUUACUUGAAGUAACUGUAAAAAAGAGAAAAAGAACAAAACCACAAAAAAAGAGAGAGACUCCCCCCCCAACCUUGUUUAGUGCCAAUGUCGUGUGUUGCACUCAAUCCGUCUCUUUAACUGUGCAUGUGCGUGGAAGUGUCCCUGUCUGAAUAGCUCCAAGCUGUUAAAAAUAUUUUUAUUCUAACUACCUAUACUCCCUGUGUAACUAACUAAUGCUGUUGUAGAGGUGACUUGAUGAGAUACAACUUAACUUCUUAAACGUGUAGUGAAUAGUGAAUCUGUGACGGCAAGUGUGACUCGAAGCAGUGUCUGUUUUGCUGUGCCUUUGUACAACUCUUUGCACGAACUCCUAAAAAAGUGGCUUCUUAUACGCGCAGCUUCAGUGGUGUCUGUUUUUGUGAACAAAGUUACAAAUAUAGUCCAAGUCUGGCUGUUUAAAGCAAACUGUGAUAAGCUCUUUUUUUUUUUUUGUAUUUGUUU